AUGAAGCCGACAGAGAGCAAGUUUCUCAUCAAGCAAUGCUUUCGUAGAUGCAGGAAAGCCGGCGCUAGUGUCCUAAAGAGUGCAAUCUGGGGUCACACUAGCAAUAGAUACAUGUGGUUCUGCUUUGAUGAGGAGGACUACAUCCCAAAAGAUGUCCCAAAAGGCCAUUUGGUGGUGUAUGUUGGUGAAGAUUGCAAAAGAUAUGUCAUCAAGGUUGCCUUGCUCAGGCACCCUUUGUUCAAGGCAUUGCUUGAUCAUGCUGAGGAAGUGUUCCAGUUUUCCACCAACUCAAAGCUCUGCAUUCCUUGCAACGAAUGCAUUUUCCUCAGCGUUCUUUGCUGCAUCGGCGCUGAACUUGAUUAG